AUGUUCCCCCUACGCCCGGCCGUCGGCUACGCUUCCACCUACGCUAUCUGCUUCAUCGGCAUCUACGGGUUGGACUUUUCGGAAGGUGCGGGGGCGCAUCCAAUCUCCCGCACGACUGGGAGUUUUGCAUAUCAGCCCAUGGGCAGCGCCCUUCGACGAGUGCACGAGCUGUUCCAGAGGCGCGGGAUAACAAUGAUCGCCAACGACGACAUUGUCGCUGUCGGGCUGUUCCUGCUCACCAUGGGCCUGAUGUCUACCUACCUGGUCGUGGCGUGCUCGAGUCUGGUGAUGUUGACGGGCGUGCAGUUCUCCGGCAGCUGGGACGGCCUCAUCAUGUUCGUGGUCUUGGUGUUUGUCUUCGUGCCAGUGGCAGUGUGCUUCUCGACCACUAUGUCCGUCUUGCGCUCCGGCCACAACGCCGUCUUCGUCUGCUUCGUACAGGACCCUGAGGCGCUCGCCAACAACCACGGCAGCCAGAGGUACGAUGACCUCUCAGAGGCGUGGCAGCAGAUGCAGGCGGAGUGCCCCGGGGUGGCCAGCGCCAACAUCCCCCACGUCCCGAUCGCGACCAUCCCCAAGAUGGUUGAGAUGCACGACCACCGGGCAACCACCCACCACACCGAAUAUCAAGUCUGA